AUGCUGCUUCUGCCACUUCUAUUGCUAGCAGUUAUUGUGCCAGGUGGUGACAAUGAGGAUGCAUUCCAGGGGCCAACCUCCUUCCAUGUCAUCCAGAUUUCAACAUUUGCCAACAGCACUUGGGCUCAAAAUCAAGGCUCAGGCUGGUUGGACAAUUUGCAGAUUUAUGGCUGGGACAGUGACCCAGGCACUACCAUCUUCCUGAAGCCCUGGUCUAAAGGCAACUUCAGUGAUGAGGAGGUGACUGAGCUGGAGGAACUAUUUAGAGUCUACCUCAUUGGAUUUAUUCUAGAAGUGCAGGACCAUGUCAGUGAAUUCCAGUUGGAAUACCCCUUUGUGAUUCAGGGCAUAGCAGGUUGUGAGCUGCAUCCUGGGAAGGCCAUAGAAAGCUUCCUGAAGGGAGCUUUUGGAGGAUUGGAUUUCGUGAGCAUCAAGAAUGAUUCAUGUGCACCUGUCCCAGAGGGCGGCAGCAUGGCCCAGCGUUUCUAUGAACUCAUCAUUCAGUACCAUGCUAUCUGUGAUACUAUAGCUAAGCUCCUCUUAGAAACCUGCCCUCGAUAUUUCCUGAGUGUCCUUGAUGCAGGCAAAGCAGAACUGCAGAGGCAAGUGAAGCCUGAGGCCUGGCUGUCCAGUGGCCCCACUCCUGGGCCUGGCCGCCUACUGCUGGUGUGCCACGUCUCAGGAUUCUACCCAAAACCUGUGUGGGUGAUGUGGAUGAGGGGUGAGCAGGAGGAGCCUGGCACUCAGCAAGGGGACAUCAUGCCCAAUGCAAAUUGGACUUGGCAUCUGCGAGUAACCCUAGAUGUGGCAGCUGGAGAGGCGGCUGGCCUGAGUUGCCGAGUGAAGCACAGCAGUCUAGGAGACAAGGACAUCAUCCUGUACUGGGGACACCCCACCUCCACUGGCCUGAUAUUUGUGGCAAUAAUAGUGCCCUCCCUCAUCCUUUUGAUCUGUCUUGCAUUAUGGUUUUGGAGGCGCUGGUCAUAUCUGACUAUCUUGUGA